AAGUUCAAUAAAAUUAAGUAGUCCCCCUUAGAAGUUCCCAUCAAAGAGAACGAAUCCGGUACGUUUUCUCUUCGCCCACAAUGCACCGCGCCGCCUGCCACUACCACCACCACCACCACCACCUUCAGGAGUUUGUUUCUUGAAGUGAGCGAAACGAAAAGGGGAAUUUCUCCUUCCUCCCUUCCACUCAAUACUCCUCUAUCUUCCCUCCACGUGCUGCAUGGAGGAAAACUCUUCUCCAGAACCUCCCUCCCUCCCUACCUCUCCUUCCUCUCACCCUCCCCUCUCCUCUCCCCGCUAUGAGAAUGGAGAUGGAGGAGGAGAGGAAGAUAUGGGAGGAGGAGGGGGAGGAGGAAGAGGAGGAGGAGACCUGAUGACAAGGAGGAGGAAGAGGAAUUUGGAACAAGCAAGGAGCAGAAGACGCAAGGCGCGGCCCGGGGAGUCGUGGUGUCCAGUGUGUGGCGUCACCCUGCGGGCGGGGGAGCUGGAGGCGCACCUCACCCACGAGCUGGACAAGCUGGCGCGCCUCCCCCACGCCCGCCCGCCCUCGCAGCGCACCCCCACGCCCACAACUGCCCAGCCCGCCGCGCCCACGCCCGCCACGCCCUCCACGUCCCUCGAGAGUAGAGUGCGGGGUGCGGGGCGGGGCGUUGAUUGGCAGGUGAGUGUGGGGCGCCCCUGGGGGAGUGGCGCUGUGUUGUCUCACCCUGGAGUUCCGGCGUGUGAGGAGCAACAGGGAGGUGCGGCGGAGCAGGAGGCGCGGCGGGGGGCGGGGCAGGAGGUGGCGUGCCCCGUUUGUGGUCUGCAGGAGGGAGACGCCGCGGUAGGGGAGGAUAUACAUGCACACAUUGAUGCUUGCCUUAGGAGGGUGGAGGAGGAAGGAGAUGAAGUGGAGGUGGAGGUGGAGGAGUAUGAGUGGUGUGGAGAAACGAGAGUGAGGGCCACGCAGAUGCUAAGGGCGGAGGGACAACUGCAUGCUCUGGGCACGCGGGUGGAGCGAGGCAGCGAGGACGAGCUGGUGGAAGUGUGCGAGGAUGAAGAAGUGGAAUCAUUUGGGGCUCCACAAUUCACUGACGCGGACCUCCCUCUCGUCUCACAGUCUUCCACAUACCCUGAGGAGAACAGUGGAGAACAGGGCACAGGAGAUGAACAAGUGGAGGGUACAAAAGGAGAGGUUGUACAAGUGGAUGGGCUUACCUCCUCCACCUCUACACGUCGGGAGGGUGAAGGAGCAGUGGUGGAGGCGCUAAGGGCAAGAGUACGUGAGCUGGAGGAGGCGUGUCAGAGGCCACUGAACACCACCUGUCGUGUGUGCCAUGAAGACUACGAGGCGCCCCUGGUCUCCGUAUCCUGCUGGCACGUGCACUGCAGGGCCUGCUGGUUCGGCGCCCUGGCAAGUCGGCGGUUGUGUCCCCAGUGCUCGGUCAUCACGGGGCCCUCUGACCUGCGCCGAGUUUAUCUGUAGCCUGUAAUGACCUGACCUGACCUGACCUGUAGCCUGUAACCUGUGACCUGUAACCUGCUCAUCUGAGAGAGAGAGAGAGAGAGAGAGAGAGAGAGAGAGAGAGAGAGAGAGAGAGAGAGAGAGAGGACCUGUAGUGACUUGUAA